AUGACUCCAAAAACAAUGAAUACAUGGUUAAGAAAGAAUGGAGGAUAUGCUUCUGGUGAUCUUUUUGUCUGGGCUUCAAUUAAUCCUCUUGGUUUUAUUUUUUAAGGGUGGAUCACAACUACUUAAGCAAAAUGUAAGAAUUAUAAUUAUUUUUUAGAUAAAUUUUAUGCUGGAUUACAUGUUAUUUUGAAUGUCAAUAAUGGUGGUCACUAUGUGUUGAUGACAUCAUUUUUAGGAGACGCUUUCAAUGUUAAUGAUCCUGGAUAUUUCAGAUCAACAUAUUCAGCUAAUGAAGUUAAAGAGGCUGCUUAUUAUGUCCAUAGUAAAAUCACCUAUUUUAAGAAUCAUGUCUUAAAUAUAUGA